AUGUCCGGGAGCCCAUCGGCCUGGGGAGGGCGAUAUAACUUAGGUGGAGACAAAGACGAGUCUCCAAGCCAUACCAAUGAUUCAUGGAUAGAGCGACAAGACAAUGCACUUGACGGGGAGCCCUACUGGGUUGAGUCAGAACAUCCAUCCACCCCGUUCAUCCAAGCGUACAAUGAUUGGGUCGGCUUUGACCCCGGCCAAGAAAGCCUCGUUGGUACUCUCGAAGAUAUCGAAAACCUCGAAAAUGUUCCCAGCUUUCCGCCCAAUAUAGAUGCAUCAACACUCGUCUCAGUCGAUGCCACCAACCCAAGCCCUACAGGCUCCUCUCUUCACCGAACUUACCAUACACCGGGAAAGACACUGCCCUGGGCCAAUGGCAGCCAAUGGGGGGUGCAUGAGACUGGCUCUCCGCCAAUGGCGCAUGGCACGUACCAUGCGCCUUUGUUGUCAAAUCCUCGCCAUGGUGUAGUAGAGCCAGAUCCGCUUGAAUUCUUCAACCCAUAUCGUGGACUGUGGGAAUCAGAUGGCUUUAUGGAACCCAGCAGCAGAUGGGUACCUCUGGCCUCACGGGGUUCCACGCCGCGCGGCUAUCCACAGUUAUCAGAAGUUGCAUCGAUCUCCACAUCUCGUCAAGAUUAUCAGGAUAUCACUGCAGAGCAGACGGAGAUGCUCAGGCCAGUUGAUGCUCAGCUUCCAGAGCCGCCAUUCCCUUCAAUCGUAGACUUGCCAGAAUUCAAAACCCCUCAGCAGGGUACCGAUCCGUACAAGGGCUCAGCCAAUUCCACGCAGAAGGUCUGGCUGGGGGGAAUAACAUCAGAUGCUACGCCUCACUUUGAAGAGCAUACUGCGGUGAACCACGAAAUUUCCUAUCAGCCACGCGACACCAGCAAGAAUGCAACAAACGAAACCUCCAUAUCAAUCAACGGGCUUGCUUCAAAUCUAGUUCCUGUAGCUUGCACAGCCAUAACAGAAGCAACCCGCCGAUCAAAGGCUCCAAAUGCGGACCUCACCCUUGUGAUUGGAGGGGGGAAACACGCGGCCUCAAAAGUACGAAAGGCUUUCUCAAAGGGCCGCCGUCAGGAAGUUGCUGGAACUCGACAGAAGCAAGUACUGAAUUAUCCCAGUGUCAUCGAGCGAAUGUUCAGGACGGCAUUUGUGAACGAUGCUUGA